AAAAUUUCUUUAACACAAAUUUAAAAAAAAAAUAAUUUCCCUCCUGUCAACAAUAAAAAUUUCUUCCUGCGGCUUCAAUAUUCUCGUCAUGGAUCCCAAUCAAAACUCCAAGAAAAAACAAAAGCAACAUGCAAGCAGUGAUACAAAUGAUUCUGGCCACGAAGGCAGUGAUACAACAUCGACCGCAACCCUAACACCAGUGGAGGCAAUGACUUCGCGAGAUUUUCAUCUGGAUUACAAUGCCCAUGUCGAAAUGAUGAAUCAAGUGCUUAAAGACACCGUUCGUAUUGACAAUUUCAAGGCGGCCAUUAUGCACAAUAAACAUUUAUUUAAAGGCAAGUGCGUCUUAAAUAUUGGAUGUGGCACUGGUAUUUUUGCACUGUUUGCCGCCAAAGCUGGAGCGGCUAAAGUCUUUGCCGUUGAUUCUUCAAAUGUUGUUUAUUACACACGACAGAUUGUGCAGGCCAAUGGUUAUGCGGAAGUGAUUAAAGUGAUUAAGGGUAAAAUAGAAGAAGUGGAAUUACCAGUUGCGGAGGUGGACAUUAUAGUAUGUGAUUGGAUGGGUUAUGCGUUGCUAUUUCAAUCAAUUUGUGAUUCUGUUAUAUUUGCUCGUGAUAAAUGGUUGAAAAAACCUGGUGGUUUAAUAUUCCCCGAUCAGGGAAAACUGUAUAUGGUGGCGUUGGAAGAUACUAAACAUAAAAAUGGAAACAUUAAUUGGUGGUCAAAUGUGUAUGGCUUCAAUAUGAGAUGUUUGAGGGAGGUAGCUUUAAUUGAGCCACGAUAUCAAAGUAUUAGACCAGAUCAGAUUAUGAGUAAACAAUUUCCCAUUAAAUCCUUAAACCUCAACACCGCAACACUGGAUGAUUUGAAAUUUCGCAGCAAAUUUAUGUUACCCAUACAUAAGUCAGGAUAUAUGGAUGGAAUUGCUCUUUAUUUUCAUGUAUAUUUUACAAAAUCACACACACCUUUGGGAUUUAGUACGGAUCCCUGGUCUCCGCGCACUAAUUGGUUACAAACAAUACUGUUUUUCGAUCAAUCAUUACCGGUUAAUUCGGGCUCUUUAUAUUACGGUGGUAUCGAAUUCGCUCCUAAGCCUGGUAAUCUUAAUGAUAUUGUAGUAAAUUUGGAAAUGCUAAUGGGUGAUCCAACACAAGCCGAUAUAGAAAUGGAAAUGUCUUGGCACUUCAAAUUGUCCACAGCAGCCGCUGCAGGGCCUGUUCAAACAAAGACUGCUGACAAAAAAAUAGCAAAAACUAUUAAAAAACCAAAUACUGAAGAAAAUUUAAGUAAUAACAAUAAACAAGACUCUAAAAUGUGUCCUGAUAAACCAAAAGUGCCUCAAAAUUCUAAAAAUAGUACAGCAAAUACUUUAACAGAUCAAAAAUCCAUUCUAUGCUCCGGUUUAGUAGUGACCACGGAUAAUUUAAAUAAUACUAUAACAAUUGGCAAACAUGAGUAUCCUUGUCGCAAGAAUAAACGCAAUAAAAGUAAGUACCCAAAAAAGGGUUAAUUGUUUUU